AUGAUGACGGUGAACACCAAUUACGCGGAUGAAGACAUGUCCAGGUUUAAAGUGGUCUUCAUCUUGGUGGUCUCUGGAAUCGAGUGCCUCACUGGCAUCGUUGGGAAUGGUUUCAUCACGGCCAUCCACGGGGCCGAGUGGGCCAGACGCAAAAGACUCCCCGUGGGGGACUGCAUUGUGCUGAUGCUGAGCUUCUCCAGGCUCUUGCUGCAGAUUUGGAUGAUGCUGGAGAAUGUGUACAGCCUACUAUCCCGGGCCACUUACAACCAAAACACAGUGUAUAUACCUUUCAAAGUCAUCGUCCUCUUUCUGAACUACUCCAACCUCUGGCUCGCCGCCUGGCUCACCAUCUUCUACUGUCUUAAAAUUGCAAACUUUACGCACCCUUUGUUCGUCACGAUGAAGAGGAAAAUCACAGUGCUGAUGCCCUGGCUUCUGAGGCUGUCGCUGCUCAUCUCCUUGUGCUUCAGCUUCCCCUUAACUAAAGACAUCUUCAAUGUGUAUGUGAAUAGUUCCAUUCCUAUCCCCUCCCACAAUGCCACAGAGAAGACGUACAUCGCUGAGACCAACGUGGUCAACCUGGUUCUUCUCUAUAACCUGGGGAUCUUCAUUCCUCUCAUCAUGUUCAUCCUGGCGGCCACCCUGCUGAUCAUCUCUCUCAAGAGGCACACCCUGCACAUGAAAAGCAAUGCCACUGGCUCCAGGGACCCCAGCAUGGAGGCCCACUUGGGGGCCAUAAGAGCUAUCAGCUACUUUCUCAUUCUCUACAUUUUCAAUGCAGUUGCUCUAUUUCUUUCCAUGUCCAAUGUCUUCGAUGCCUACAGUUUCUGGAAUAUUUUAUGCAAAUUCAUCAUGGCCGCCUACCCUGCUGGCCACUCACUGCUGCUGAUCGUGGGCAAUCCUGGGCUGAGAAGAGCCUGGAAGCGGUUUCAGCACCGAGUUCAUCUUCACCUGUAA